GAGAAAUUGUUCCACGUCGAUGGAGCAACGAGCUGGCGCAUGGAGACCCGGGCGCGGGUGGACGCUCAUGCUUCUCUUAAUGCUGUGCAUGCCACUGCGCUCGGUUGGUGCCAUGCUUGACAUGCCGAUGGGCGACUUCCAGCGAGCGGCGCCCAUGACGACCGACGACGCGGUGCUGCUCGGGACCGACGACGACCUGCGUCUGGGCCACUUGGACUACGACGAGCUGUACGCCUCCGUAAAGGCCUACGAAGCGGAGAACGCACUGCCCAAGCCUCGACCACAGAGCCAAAAGGUCGAGGUCUGGCUCGGCGGCGUGCUGUACAAAUCGCCCGCGGUCGUGCCAGAGCCGCCAUUUCGCGUCGCGGGCAGUCGUGGCCUCAGCCAGAUGGACUCGCGCGUGCACCUCGAGCCAACACUGAUAGGCGCGAUGGAUGGCAGUAAGACCAAGGGCGAGCGGGACGUGACCUUUGGCGACGCGGUCGUCCGCCUCGCGCCGUCGUGGGUCGACUUUGGCGUCACCAAGACGGGCAUUCCAUCGAUGCGGACGCUCGAGAUAAGCUACUUUGGCGGCGCCGACGACUACGAAGACGACGACGAUGCGCUCAUCAUCACCAACGCCGAGGUCCCGGACAAGGCCUUUCUGUUUGCCGACGUCUUCUUUCCGAUGGUCAUCAAACCCGGGGGCUCAACUUCGAUGCACCUGCUCUUCUUACCCCGCGAGGCCGGCACAACCCGAGCGACCGUGCACCUGCACACGUCGCGGGGUAUCAUCGAAUAUACGGUGCAGGGCACUGGCCGCCUGAACGCGUACGAGAGCCACGUGCACGUCGCGAUCGUACCGCCCGGCCAGCGCUACGAGCCGUCGCUCCUGCUCUUCAACCCGUACGACGAGGUGCUCCGCGUCAACGAGGUGUUUACGACCGAGGGCUUUCUGCACCUCGUGCUACCACCGACGGACUCGGACAGCGCGGGGCAGUGGGAGAUUCCGCCCCAUUCGACCAAGGAGAUCAUGCGACUUUCUUUCGCCUCCGGCGUCGCUGGCAACUUUAACGCCUUUGUGCGCAUCGAGACGAGCGUCGACAAUCUGCUGUUGCCCGUGGACCUCACUGUGCUGCCUGGCGGUCUCCAUGUGGACGUGCAUCUCUUGGACUUUGGCUGCUUGACGUCCGACGACGAGCGGCACCAUAUCGCGCUGGACCUUUUCAACACGGCCGCCGUGCCCGUGCUCGUGCAAGGCGUGAGUCUCCGCGUCGCGGACCCGCACAUUCCGUUAUCAUCCAAGGAUCCCAUGUCAUCGCGCCCUACACGCGCGUCAAGAACGCCAUGAUCCUCACAUACCAGUCGCCUAUCGCUGGCUUGGUCACCGGCGCGCUCACGCUACACACCAACAUCUCGACGACGCCCGAGAUUUCGCUCGUGUACCAAGCGCGGCGACUCCACGGCGCGCUGACAUACACGGCGGUCGCCUCGUCGCCGUCCAAGCACGUCGUGACGCUUCGCAACCAGUUUGACGUGCCGCUGCGACUGGUCGACGUCGACGUCGACGACGCAUCGGUGCGUGGCGCGACGUGUACCGUCGCACGAUGGCCGAAUGACACGACGGUGACGCCGGGCGGUCGGUGGCCGGAUGUCAUUCUCGAGUGCGAUCGCCGUCAAGUUUUGCAUGUGGACGAAGUGGCAUUGCGGGUGCAGACGAACGGCACGAAGCACGUGCUCUCGGUGGCGUCGGUGCCACGGUGUCUGGUUGUCGACACGGCCAAGGGCCUUGUCGAUGCGUCGAUGGAAACGACGAGCAACCGGACGCUCGUGUGGGACCUCGGCAACAUUUCCACUGCGACACAUCGACAAGAGACGCUCAACUUGACCAAUAUCAACGCCGACGCGAUCGAUGUAACCCAGCUGCACAUGUACACGGACACGAUUCGGUACUCGCUCGACCGACUGCUGCCAUCGAUGGCGGUCGCCCCGUCGGUCGCGGAUGCCGGUAACGACUGGAUGCGCCGGCAUCCUGCCUACGGUAGUCAGGCGCACGUUGACGCGAUGAGCGCGCACAUGGCCAAGGUGCAGCUCAACAUGCCGGUCCAAGCCCAGCCGCUUCUGACAAUCGCACCAGGCUAUGUGGCGUCCUUGGCGCUGCGUGUCCGUCCGGUGGCCGGCGGUCGCAUGGACGGCGUGGCCCUUUCGAUAGUGACGCGAACCGAGACGCUUCAUAUUCAUGUGACCUACACGGCGGUCGAUGGGACGAUUGUACCGGCGCGCCCCAAAGUCCGGCUCCCGAUGCUGUACCCCGGCAAGGCCGAAGAGAUCUCGCUUUUGUACACGAGUACGUUUGCGCACCCCGUGGCGGUGUCCGGCAUCCGCGUCUCGGACCGCCGCAUGCAAAUCAUAUCGGGCAGCUCAAUUUUGCAGCCGCACGCGACGACGGAAGUGGCCAAGCUCAUCGUGUCGCCAGCAUAUGCGCUCGCGUGCAGCAACCGCGACCGGUUCGCUGACUGCAUGGUGCCACAGACCAUUGGGUACAAAGCGCCGCCACUCUCGACGUUCGGACAGCUCGUGACGCGAACCGACUUGGACGCGUACCGGGAUCGCGUCCAGCGGUUCGCGCAGCUGCAGACGUCGGGCCAGACGAUCGUCGAGAUGAAAGUGCAGCUCGACACGGACCUCGUGCACAUUGCGCCGAUGCUCGUGCGCAUGCCCAUGGCGCGGCCCAAGCUCUCGGACGGCACGCUUGUCUUUCCCGUGACGCACCUCGGCAACGUUUCCAGCGCGUUUCUCCAGGUCCAUAAUCCGUCCAACGUCACGAUCGACGUCGGGCUCGUCAUCGAGAAGGACGCAAGCAACGACGUCUUCUUUUGUGCGAGCCAUGCCGAUGACGACAAGUGCGUGGCUGCGUGGCACAACCGCGAAGCGUCAACCUUGAACUUUAUGCUGAGUCCCGACGCGACCGAGAAGCACGUGCUGGCGCCGGGGGAGGUGUGCCAGCUCGGCCCGAUCCGGUUCGCGCCCGACCUCGUCAAGGAGUACGUCGGGCGCAUCUACUUGCGCAACUCGUUGAGCCACAUUGAGCCGAUCGUGGUCCGCGGUCUCGGAGGCCGGGGCAAGGCUGUUCUCGACGCAACGAGCGUUGACGGCAUCGAGACGCUCCGCUUUCAUAACGCAGCCGUCGGCGCCGUCGUCGUCUCCAACGCCGGCGAGUUGCCACUCUCCGUUCUCAGUGCCUCGUGCCCCGACUGCAUCUGCGGCGACGGUACCACGGGCUUUUGCAUCGAGCCGUUGCCAAGCGUGCGAGUGCUGCACCCGUCGACGGCGCUGCAAUUGAACGUAACGUAUACGCCAAGCUGCUACUACACACAAGAACAUGCCGUCGUCACCGUCAUGACGUCGUCGGGGCCACUCGAGCUUCAGCUGCAAGGCUUGGUGACGGACGUGGCGGCCUGCCUUGAACGCGGCGGCACCGCCUGGUACGUGCUCGUGGCCAAGUGUGCCAUCUGGCUCUGCUUUGCUCUCGUCGUCGGUCAAAUGCUAUACUACACGGGCGACGUCAUUGUGGCCGACACGAAGCAGUGCCCGAUGGAUGACCGCUUCGGCUACGAGCGGCUCGAUGUUGCAACGGACGAAGACACGGCCGAUGGCAACCGUGAGACGUCGACCGACCUGCCCGACGUCUUGAUCGCUGACAUGGAAUCGAUUGAAGCCGAUGUGGACGCUAGCUGGGCCUUUACCGUUCUUAGACGCCCGGCGGUCAACAAGCUUCUCGAGAAGCGCAAGCUGCUGCGCGAGAAGGAAGCCAAGGCCGCCGACGACGCCAAGCGCCUUUUGCAAGUCUCGUGCCUCCAAGCGACCACCAUUGAAUUCUACGACCUGCCCAAAGCAGUGCACAAACUACCGAAAAAGAAAAAGGCGGCCCAGAAACAGCGCGUGGACGAGCCGGCGACGACGACAACCGUCGCCAUAAAGAAUGCGAUGGCGAUCCCAGCAGCUCGGGGGCCUCCAAUGGCCGGGGAGAGCGUCGACAAACUCGUCGUGGUCGAUAUAGACGUCGUGGCACCCGAAAUGGAAAUAUCUCUGGCAUGUCCCGUCGCGACUCUGCCGACGAACGACAUCGCGACUCCCGAGCCUCUGGACCUACCGCCUCUCUUGGAGCCCGAUGCUCCGAGGGAUGCCGAAGAUCAAGGUCAAGGUCAAGCACUCGACAGGCCUUACCCCGUUGCCACUGAUGUCGACAAGUCAUCGCCUACCGCGAAGCCUCCAGUCGAUUUGGAUGAAACACCGCCGGUGUUGCAAUCGGUCUCCGACGACGCUGGCGCAGAAGCAACGAGUGACGAUGAGACGUCGACGGCCAUUGACGAUGAUAUUUCCACACGCACAAGCGAGGACGUGUCUGGAUCGAGUGACGGCGACGCCACCAGCGACGUCGAUGACUCUGAACUCGUCGCUGUCGACUGCCCGACGCCUAUGCCCGACGACAAGGAGCAGCUCGACGACUACAUCUCCGAGAUCUUUGAUCACGUGGCGCUGCCACCGGUGUCGCUACCACCAGUGGCCCAACCGGUGGCGACGGCGUCGCGUGUGCGGGCACCGCCGGGUUUUAGCGCCGCCGACGCCGACCCGACGUCAGUGUCGUUGACGUACUCGCAGCUGCAGGAGCAGCAACGCAUGAUUGCUUCGCUCGAGACAGAGCUGGCAGAGAACGACAUGUGGGCGCUCGGCCCGCCCGACGACUCUGGAAGCGCCUUCCAGGCCCCGCUCUCGCUCUUUGGAUCGUCGUACUUUACGGGCAAAGCCCCGGGCUUCAUCGGAUCGAAAGCGCCGACGUCGCGCCUGUCGUCGCACCGGUUCUUUGACGACGGCGCCGACCUCGCGAGUCUUGGCGGCACCAAGUUCCCGUUUGAGAGUUCGAGAGAUGUCUUUCUCGGGUCCGAGGCCAUCGACGACAACGCCGACCGGCGCGCGUUUAGCUUUUGGUAAGUACGACAAACACCGACUACUGCCCUUGGCGAG